AUGACUUUCCGCACCACAGCCGAAGAAAUGGAGAGAUUGCAGCUAUCAGACGAUGAUUCAGAGAUCUGGGACUCCCCAUCGAAACGAGGCACGCAGAAGAAGUUCAUCCCCAGAGCUUCUGAUGAAAAUAUCACCCCGGAACCUCGAGCUUCCACCGAUGCCGCCCAUGAGGGCGAUGACCCGCUCUAUGAUCGCAAAGAGGCGCGCGAAACUGCGCUUCGCGCUGAGCUACAGGGUGUGCGAAACAUCAACCAAGUCAUUGAGGGGCUUCUAAGCAGCCUGGACUCUGCAAAGGGAAAUAUGGAAGUAUGUAACCUGGUCGCAAUUGAUAUCAGACCCCAUCUAACCAUGAACCCCCAGACGGUCUCUCAAACCGUGACAUCGGCCUCGACUCUCCUCAAUACAUGGACCCGCAUUCUCUCUCAGACCGAGCACAAUCAACGACUAAUCCUCAAUCCAAACUGGCAUGGCGCUACUCAGGAUGUCGCCGAUAUUGAAAACGAGGCAAUCAGAAAACAACAGGAAGCAGAGCGACGUGAACAUGCAUUGCAGCUGCAAAGAGAAGCCAACGCGCGUAAGGCGGAGGAGAUUGAAGCACGGCGCGCCCAGGUCACUCGGGGUACGCGGGGAACAGUCCGAGGCACUCGAGGCACCACUAGGGGCACAGUCCGAAGCACUGGUCUGGGACGGACCCCCAGUGUGAGCACUACACGGACGGUGAGGGGUGGAUCUACCACAGUUCCACGACCAACCGGUGCAAGUGGAAUCGCACGCGGGAGCGGGAUCUCUCGUGGACGCAAGGUCUAA